CUCAAACGCACGAGAACACAUUUAUCCCAAUUACCCCAAAGUCCAAAAUAAUCAGUUUCACUUCGUCUAAAGCUUCACCGGAGAACAGCCACAAAAAAUGGCGAAACCAAAAUCCAUCCAUGUUAUCCUGUCUCUUCUCAUAAUAUUCACUUCGGCUCUAACGUCAAACGCAUCAGAAAGGUCCAAUUUACCCUCAUCUUCCAAAUGGGCCCCGCGUUUCCUUGGCAAGUACUCUCACUUAACCAAACCCAACUUCCGACAACCUCAAAUCCGAUACGAGACCCGAUAUUACGAUCAGAGUCUUGAUCACUUCAGCUUCUCGGAGCUCCCGAGGUUUCGACAGCGUUACCUUAUCAGCACCGAGUAUUGGGUGGGUCCCCAGCGAAUGGGUCCCAUAUUCCUCUAUUGCGGGAAUGAGGGUGACAUCGCGUGGUUCGCCGAGAACACCGGCUUCGUUUGGGAAAUCGCACCUCGGUUCGGCGCUAUGGUUCUUUUCCCGGAACAUAGAUACUAUGGCGAGUCAAUGCCGUUCGGGAGUAGAGACGAGGCAUAUAGGAAUGCAACUACAUUGUCGUUUCUAACAGCUGAGCAAGCACUUGCCGACUAUGCCGUAUUGAUUACUGAGCUGAAGCGGAAUUUAUCGGCCGAGGGCUGCCCUGUCGUUUUGUUCGGUGGAUCAUAUGGUGGAAUGUUGGCUGCAUGGAUGAGGCUUAAGUAUCCUCACAUUGCAAUUGGAGCACUUGCUUCUUCGGCACCGAUACUUCAAUUCGAGGAUAUUGUGCCACCUGAAACAUUCUAUGACCUGGUCUCAAAUGGAUUUAAGCGCGAGAGUACCAGCUGCUUCAACACUAUAAAAGACUCCUGGGAUGCAUUGGCAUCCCAGGGUCAGGAUAAUGAUGGCCUUCUACAACUGACUAAAAUUUUCCGCUUAUGCCGGCCAUUAAAGAGGGUAGUAGAUCUCAGAGACUGGUUAGAGUCUGCUUAUAGUUAUUUGGCAAUGGUGAACUACCCAUAUCCUUCAGACUUCUUAAUGCCUUUGCCUGGACACCCAAUUAGAGAGGUUUGCCGAAUGAUUGAUGGUGGUCCUGUUGGGACUAGCAUUCUGGAGCGAAUAUUUGAAGGUGUAAGCGUAUACUACAAUUAUACUGGGCAAACUGAGUGUUUUGAACUGGAUGAUGAUCCUCAUGGCAUGAGUGGUUGGAACUGGCAGGCUUGCACUGAGAUGGUUAUGCCAAUGUCUAGUAGCCAAGAUGGAAGCAUGUUUCCAGCAUAUGAUUAUAAUUAUACCUCAUUCCAAGAGCAGUGCUGGAAUGAUUUCAAAGUGAAACCAAGGCCUACAUGGAUAACAACAGAAUUUGGCGGACAUGAUAUUAAGGCGACUCUAAAAGAGUUCGGAAGUAACAUAAUAUUCUCCAAUGGCCUAUUGGAUCCCUGGAGUGGUGGCAGUGUUCUGCAGAAUAUAUCUGAAAGUAUUGUUGCUCUUGUUACUGAAGAAGGAGCCCAUCACAUAGAUUUGCGUGCUUCAACCAAGGAGGAUCCAAAAUGGUUGGAAGAGCAGAGAGCAACUGAAAUCAAGCUGAUAGAAAGCUGGAUCAAGAACUACCAUCGAGAAAAGAGAGGAAGUUUUGUAAUGUAGAGGUUUGAGACAAAUUCUCUCUUGGUGGGAAUCCUUUCCUCUGCUAGCAUCCACCAAAUAAGUUUCCUUUUUGGGUUGUGUGUGCUCAUGUCAAUGGCUUGACAUUGUUGAAAUAGAAAAGAAAACAUUAGGUUGUGUUUAUGCUGGAAAAUGCAUGGAGGCAAGAGAACUUGUUCUAUGCAUACCUGAUGGAAACUAAUCUCUUUUCACUGUA